UAGUUGGUGUUACCGUUAUUAUAACUAAUGGUUUGAACAUUAACCACAAAUAUACUCAUGGACUUUGCCGUUUACUGCAUCUUUGUCUUAUUUUUUGUUUAACUGUUUGUAUCAAAUCUCAGUAUAAGGUUCACUUAGUGAUUUGAGAUAUUUUAACAAACUUUUCUAUUCGAAGAAACGUUAAAUUGAAUAUAUGUAGUAUAUAUGACCUAACUAGAAAAAUAUAUUUCACAAAUUAGUACAUGGAGGGUACCUUUACCUCAUAGGCUGCAAACUGAAUCAGACUUGGUCAAAUUAUGCCCAGGUAAAUUUUAAAACAAAAUAUUAAGUGGUAAUUUUGUUAAUGGCUUUCAGGCAUGUUUUUAUUUUUUUAAAUUGUUAAACACUUAAACAGCUACCAUCCAGUUGGAGCUCUCUUUGAGGAAAAUAAACCAUUUUAGUAUUAAAUGUUUAAUUUAGUUACCACUACAAGUUCUAUGGAAAACUCCUACAUUGCAGGUAACUUCACUGAGAUAAGAGAGUGGUGCUCCUUGAAAUAAGAAAUGCAAAGUCCAUGGAUGUAUAGUAUGAAUAGAUGAAGUUCAGGAGGGAACAUUCUAAAGUGAGAGGUAUUUGAGUAACUAUAUAUUAUGUUUAAAAUAAACUCUUAGAACUUCUUGAUAUAUUUAGCUGUGCCUCUAUCUGCUGGAUGGAUGGAUAGAUACAUAUUAGAUAUAUUCUACACAGCGGUAGUACAGUCUAAUUGUCUAGGUAAUCACCAUAGCAUCUGAGCACCUCAAACUUGAUUCAGUUUUUAUUUUCCCCAAAUCUCUGGGAAACUUUUACAGUUAGAGAACUGAGGCACAGAGUGACUUGCCAGAAGUCACACAGGAAGUCUGUGACAGAGUUGGUAAUUAAACCAGAUUCUCAGUUUCAAUCGAGUGAUUUAAUUAUGACUCUUUUGUAAGGCAGCAUAAAACUCUCUGCUACUUUUAUCUUCAUGUACUACUUGUUUGAUAAGUAUGAUUAGUAGGACACAUCUCAGGCUUUUUCUUUAUAUCUGACAUAAUUCUGCCAUUAAGGACUUGUCUACACAUGUUAAAGUGGAUUAAACUAAACCGGAACAAAUGUAUUCCAGAGUAAGUAUACACACAUGCAGCUAAUCAGGAACAGUCCCAUGGGGAGAAAAGCCUAUAUAUAUAUAUAUAUAUAUAUAUAUAUAUAUAUUUUGAAUACUAUGGAGAUAUGGUAGCCACAAGAGGGAGAAACUGCCUUUUGCCACUCAGUAGAUAAAAUGGCAAAAAAAUUUUGCUAAGGCAGAGUUAAGCUGCCCAGUGGGAGUUCAUGUCCUUGCAGAACAUUUAGUUCAGCAAACUUCAGGAAACCAGUAAAUGUGGAGUUAUGAUACAUGCUCAUGUAACCUUGACUCUGGUCCCCUGGAGCUGGGAAUAGCCAGUGGGAUUUAUCUGCAUACUCUCUGCAGCUGCAUUCAGUUUGUGAGUUGUAGUUGUGUUGACUGACUGGUUUAACUGUGGAGGCAAUAGGUGGGACAGGUUGGAAAGUGUGUGUUUGAGCUGAUGAGUUAGAUUAGUUUGAGAGGCCUCACAGAGCUGUGAUUGUCAUAUGAGGAGAUCAAAGUUUGCACUCACCUUGUGUAUGAGUAACGGAAAGGGCAGAAUGUGAACCCUGAGGAGCUAGCUAUAUCAUUUUAUUUCAAAAUUGUGAUAGGUUGUCUUAGGGUACAUCUACCCUGGAAUAAAAGACCCAAGGCAUGGCUGCAGCUGGCCCAGGUCAGCUGACUCAGGCUUGAGCUGCAAGGCUAAAAAUUGCAGUGUAGAUGUUUGGGCUCAGGGACCCUCCCCACUUGUGGAGUCCAAGGGCUCAGGCUCCAGGCUAAGCCCAAACAACUACACAGAAAUUUUACAUCCCUGCACCAGCGACUCAGGCCAGCCACGGGUGUUCACUUACUUUGUAGAUGUACCAUUUAGUAGCAAGGCGCUGGGGGGUGGGGAGAAUCUUGACACAGGGAUUAUCAGCAGUCAGGUGGGUUAUGAGAGCAGUCUGUGGGUUUACUGAUGGGUAAGGACAAGUAUAGAUUUAGAUGUAUCCUGUGACUAAGUAUAAAGUGGUUGUUAAAUUUCACAAGUGUGGUACUCUGUCAGGAGUAUAGGCUAAGUAUUUUACUAUAGGGCAGGGUAGUUCCUUUCCUAUAGAGUGAAAAGGCAGGGUGCAAAUGUGUUAUGGGUGUUUUGGGGCAUCACUUUAAGAGGGAUAGUUAAAGUACGCUCCCACAUAACCUUAACUCUUUUUUUUUCGGGCUUUGUGAAGUUUGGGCUCUUUGAGUAAUUGCACAUCAUAUCCAUUGUAGGUGUGUUCUUUUUCCCCUCAGUAGCAUCCAUUGGGGUGGCUUGAGUGCCCUCUGCCGCAUGCUGUUGUGUGCUGGUAUAAAAGAGCAGAGCUUUCACCAUCCCCGUCCAGUUCCAUCUUAUCAGCAGUGAUGGCUGGUGCAAAUGCAGACUUGGUUAAUUCAAGUACUUCUCUCGUUCUUCUUUGUAUAUAGUUAGGUAUAGUAAGUUUUUUUUUUUAGUCAAUUGUUGAUGAUUGAACAGCUAGGUUUCCAUUUUUGGUCUCUUUUGACCCUUUAUCCUGUUUCACUGCUGGUACUGGAAUGAUACCUUGCUCACCGAGGUUUAAGUCCUGCAAGACUUCUGCAAAUCCUGUUCCAGUCAGCUACCUGCAUCUAUCCUGCCUGAAAGCUUAGGAGAAUCCCACAUCAGUGACACAUAUUUCAUCUGUAAAAGUUUCAAACCCCACUCAAAAAGAGAUAGGGAGGCAUGGCUUAAGUUCUUGCUUAUGGAAGCAGCAUUUCAACCCCCAUCAGAGAGGGUCACAGGAGUAAAGUGCCCCAAGUACUUCAUCUUCAGUACGGAGCAUCCCAACAGAUGUCUGCAGUUCCUCAGUCCCAUUCCCCUGUUCCAAAAAAAAAAAUUCAGACCUUUCUCAGGUUCCACCUCUUGCUCUUCUGCGUUGCUACUGAAGCACGACCGAGGCAGACGCUCCACAAAGCGUUUGAGAGAGAGGCCAUCCCUGGAAAGCUCGUCACCUCCCAAGAGGGUCUCACUGCCUCUGGACUCUGUGCCAUGUUUGUUAAGGCCAUUCCUUGAAGGACACUUGCAGACCCAACAGCCAGUGCCAGUCCCAAUCACCCUGGCAGCAUAUGCAGUUGCAGAAGACUUGCUUAGCCUCUUAGUACUGGUAUUGCCAACAGCAGAAGGCUCGCAGCCAGUGCCAGUGCCUGCAGCUUAUACCUCACCACAUCUAGAUCCUGCGAUAACAUUACUCAAACCUCUGUUGAAGCCUGUCUUGUUGAGAGGAGAGCCUCCUAUGAUUUUGGCAGUACUGCUAUCACCAGGCUCAGACUGUCUCUCAUCAGUCCCAUCUGCAUCGACCACUACUUUGCCUCAGGCAUUUGACUCUUUGGACACAGAAGUGAAGUCGUCUCUAUCUUGUCCAGGACACUACAUCUCCUAUCAGAGUUGUUGGGACCAUGGGCUAUUCAUCAACGGGUCCAGGCUUAUAUCAAUGGCCAUUCUGGCACUGUGGAGCCUUCCCCUCCAGCCAGGUCCUCCCCUCAACAUUCUUCGACACAGUCAUGAAGGGUGCACCAGAGACACCAGAACAGAGAGCACCAUCCCCUGGUACCAAGACUGGUUCCAGGCAGCCUCCCCACCACAACUUAUGGACCAGCCACCAUCUCGGAUGAGAGAGGCUCAUCCCAUCUAGUCACCUCUUCCAAAUAGGCAUUUUGAUGGGAUAUUUGAGGACAGUGUACUAGCUAACUUAAUUCUCUCUGUUCCCCAUCUUUUAUUUACCAAUCCCUUACCUCACUUCCUAAGUGCAUGGGCCCACAUAAUGUCAGAUUGGUGGGUCUUAAGCGUCUUAGAAUGGGGGGUGUACCAUCCAGUUUAUUUCUACCCUUCCCCUGUCCCUCUUCAGGAAUCACUCUCUCACGAGAUUGCCCUUCAGCAGGAGGUCCAGUGUCUUCUUCAGUCAGGGUCCACAGAGGAAGUUCCAUUGUCCCUCGGGACAAGACUUCUAUUCCCUCCACUUCCUGAUCCCCAAAGCAAAAAGGGGUUUCGGGCCUAUUUUAGGUCCAAGAGAGCAGCUUACCUUUCGGGGAAAGAGAACAUGGUAGCAGAUCAGCUGAGCAGAUCCUUCUCCAAUCAACUUAACCAGUCAUUACAUCCAGAGAUAACUAAGUCCAUCUUCCAUCUGGGGGGAACUCCCCAAGUGGAUCUGUUUGCAACAAGAACCAACAGAAAAUGCUCUCAGCUCUGUUCCUGGAGAGGGCUCAGCCAAGGCUCACUGACAGAUCCCUUUCUCCUAUCCUGCAAGCAUUUCCUUCCAUACACCUUCCCUUCAGUUCCUUUACUGCCCAGAAUAGUAUUCAAAAUAAAACAAGACCGUGCUCACCUCAUUCUUAUAGCACCGCAUGGCCUUGUCAACAUUGAUACUUGACAACUCCUCUAACCCUCCCGUUAGAUCUAGACUUAAUCCCAGGGGACCAUGGACAUCUGCUCCUUCCCAAGCUCUCCACCUAGCAGUGUGGAUGCUUCAUGGCUGGAGCCUUUUGAAAAAGUCCAAAAUGUGCUUCUGAAUACCAGAAAUCUCUUGACUAGAAAUACUUAGCCAGGUAAGUGAAAGCUCUUCUCCAUAUGGUAUUGUAGGAAAGAUAUAUCUCCAAAGCAAGCACUCCCCACACCCCUCAGUGGCAUAAGUUUUUUCCAACGUAAGUGGUAAUGUAGACAUGGCCUACUUUUUUUGUCAUUUAAUUUCUGGGGGUGGGGUUACAGAAAGAAAACUUGUUAGUAGAAGUCCUUGUGUCCUACAUGCUAACUACAAGUGCCAAGUGGACUACUGAUCCUUGGCUAGUCUGAGUUUCCCCAUACGUUUCCCUCCCCUACUACCAUAGUCUCUCUAGGUUUAACACAGAGCUCUACACAUCCAUCUGCAACAUAGAACGCACAGAGGUGUGAAGUGGCCCAUUCAUCUCAAUGUGAUGGUCUCAUCUGAAUGAGAACACCUGAAGGCAGGGUGGAUUUGAUUUAAAUCAAAUUGCUUUGAAUCAUUUAAAUCACUAGUCGGGAAGACUCGAUUUAAUUAUGGAUUUCUACAUAAAAGUGCAUUCUUGUUGGUUGUUAUAACCUUAAUACAUAUUCUUCACAACUCAGAGAUAGAUGUAGAUUUCAGUUUUAGAAGGUACACA